AUGACUGAUUGCAUUAACGACGAAGCAUGGGAGCUGUGGGAGUUUGAAGCCUUUGGUGCCGCGGGCACGCCAGCGGUCGGUGUUUCCUUGUACCGGGACUCUCGCGGCCUGGAGCAGGGAGGAUUCCACGCCGAGCUCAACGCUAUAUGGGAGGACGGCAGCAAAUGGGGCGAGACUCUUCACUUUCCGCUGUCGGUGGUGACGGCAGAUGGUGAUGCCGCUGGGGAAGGGCGCGUGACAGGUACAUGGGCUUGGAAAGGCACGGGCGAGGGGAAGGAAGCCGAAGGAAGUAUCACCUUCACCAUCGACUCUCACCUGUCAUCCGCAGAGCUUCGAUUCAACGUCCCGGGGAAAGUCUCCGGUGAGAUGCAGCUUCAGCGCCUGCCAGGAUCGAACAGUCCCAACCAGGCGAACCUGGCCACCUCGGAGCACUGCGCGUCACUCUACCCAUCCGUAUACUACCUUUUCCCUAUGGGGCCCGUCCAAGCUACGGCGAGUCUUACUUUUCCUCGAUUCGAUAGAUCUGACGAUGAGCAGAAGCUCUCGAUUGGCUUCGAUCAAUAUGGUCCGGGCCGCGGAGGAAUGGUGCGCGGGUGGUCUGCUCUGAGCUGGCCGCUGUUCAUGAACGACGCGUACUACACCGUCGCACAUGUCGGGCCCUAUACGCUACAACUUCUACGCGUACUUGGAUCUGCCGCUGCGAAGCAUCUGCCCUACGCCGUUGCCCGGCUGCACCACGGCGAUGAGCUGGUGUGCGCGGCCAACGACGCCGUUGACGACAGCUCGCAGCAGGGAGCGCAGGACCACGAUACAGUGCGCGUAGACAAGAUCUUUCUAAGAGACGGCCAAGACCAGAGUGGUAGCAUCUUUGGCGCCUUUCGCGACAAAAAUAUCGGAUACGUCAUUGAAUUCAAGUCACCCCGGCGACAGCAGCGAUGGGUAUUUGAAGCACGUCACAGGCUGCCGCUGUGGAGCGAGCCGACGAGUGCUCCCGGCCCGGAUGCCUGCGGCAAGUCCGGAUGGGUGGAAGUGGUCUCGGGGGGAUUGGAGAAUGAAACAUUUCAAGGGUCCGGAGUGAGCGGCCAGCUGCAAAUUCCUGUACCUUGA